CCAAUCCUAUUAGAACUCAGCAUCCCGGCUCCUCUGAGCAGAUCCUGGAAGUGAUUUCUGCAAUUCAGGAUUUUUUUUUUAAAGCUAAACAGAAAAUAUUGGUUUAUUUUUUGUUCAUUUUUUUCCUUUGUAUUUUUUUUUUUUUCUGUAAAAAGAAGGAGGAUUUUUCACUUACUCAUACAGAGGCCAGUUUUUUUUAAAAGCCAACUAAGGUAGCAUCGACUGUGCAGGAUUUCAAGCCUCUGCCUCAGCUGAAAAAGAAGGGGGUAGGGAAGGGAAGAUAACAGGAGAGAACCUGGAAGAAGAUAAGCAUCAUCUUAUUUUGCUAUGUGGUAGGAACUGCCUCUGAGAAAACAUAGCAUAGAAUUAUUUAUCUUGAACACUUGGUGCUUAAAGGAUAGGUAUUUUUCUGUCUUUUUUUUUUUAAAACCCUCACCUGCCCCUUUUCUUGAGAGCUUUGUUGCAGAGCUUCGGAUUUGGGGGUUUUUGUUGAGGAGGGUUUUUAUUUAUUUAUUUUUUUGGUGUGUGUGUGUGUGUGUGUGUGUGUGUAUUGUGGUCCCAGCUGAGUCAUCAUGUCUGCUCUGACGCCUCCAACCGACAUGCCAACCCCCACCACUGACAAGAUCACACAGGCUGCCAUGGAGACCAUCUACCUUUGCAAAUUCCGAGUGUCUAUGGAUGGAGAAUGGCUCUGCCUGCGAGAGCUGGAUGACAUCUCACUUACACCUGACCCAGAGCCUACCCAUGAAGAUCCUAAUUAUCUCAUGGCUAACGAACGCAUGAACCUGAUGAACAUGGCCAAGCUGAGUAUCAAGGGCUUGAUCGAAUCUGCUCUGAACCUGGGGAGAACUCUGGAUUCUGACUACGCACCUCUGCAGCAGUUCUUUGUGGUGAUGGAGCACUGCCUGAAACACGGCUUGAAAGCUAAGAAAACUUUUCUUGGACAAAAUAAAUCCUUCUGGGGGCCUCUAGAACUGGUAGAAAAGCUUGUUCCAGAAGCUGCAGAGAUAACAGCAAGUGUUAAAGAUCUUCCAGGACUUAAAACACCUGUAGGCAGAGGAAGAGCCUGGCUUCGUCUGGCACUAAUGCAAAAGAAACUUUCAGAAUACAUGAAAGCUUUGAUCAAUAAGAAGGAACUUCUCAGUGAAUUCUAUGAACCCAAUGCCCUCAUGAUGGAAGAAGAAGGAGCUAUAAUUGCUGGUCUAUUGGUGGGCCUGAAUGUCAUUGAUGCCAAUUUCUGUAUGAAGGGAGAAGAUUUGGACUCUCAGGUUGGAGUUAUAGAUUUUUCAAUGUAUCUCAAGGAUGGGAACAGCAGUAAAGGUAGUGAAGGAGAUGGCCAGAUUACUGCAAUUCUGGAUCAGAAGAACUAUGUAGAAGAACUCAACAGACACCUGAAUGCUACUGUAAAUAACCUUCAGGCAAAAGUGGAUGCAUUAGAAAAAUCCAACACUAAACUGACAGAGGAGCUUGCAGUUGCGAACAACAGAAUUAUCACCUUGCAAGAAGAAAUGGAACGAGUUAAAGAGGAAAGCUCCUACAUAUUGGAAUCUAAUCGGAAGGGUCCUAAGCCAGACCGGACUUCAGAAGGGCAAGCACUGAGUGAAGCCAGGAAGCACUUAAAGGAAGAGACCCAACUACGACUGGAUGUUGAAAAAGAACUGGAAAUCCAGAUCAGCAUGAGACAGGAGAUGGAAUUGGCUAUGAAGAUGCUGGAGAAGGACGUCUGUGAGAAGCAGGACGCCCUGGUGUCUCUGCGGCAGCAGCUGGACGAUCUUAGGGCUCUUAAGCAUGAACUUGCCUUCAAGCUGCAGAGUUCGGACUUGGGAGUAAAACAGAAAAGUGAACUGAACAGUCGCUUAGAAGAGAAGACUAAUCAGAUGGCUGCUACCAUUAAACAACUGGAACAAAGAUUGCGCCAGGCUGAGCGAGGCCGCCAGUCUGCUGAACUGGACAACCGGCUCUUCAAGCAGGACUUCGGAGACAAGAUCAACAGUCUGCAGCUGGAAGUGGAGGCGCUCACCAGGCAGCGGAAUCAUCUUGAGUUAGAGCUAAAACAGGAAAGAGAAAGGAGGUUACAAAACAGCAGGAGCAUCCCAGGAAAGGGAUCCCAGAAGCCAGAACCCAAAAUGGAUGGGAAGCACAAAAUCCAAGAAGAAAAUGUUAAACUAAACAAGCCCCUGGAAGAAAGCCACAGGCUGCAGUCUCACCCUGUGGAUCAACAGGAUCAGCCGUUGCCCUCCGAAAAGCCACAGAAGCAUUGUCAGCUGUGCCAGGAAGACUGCGGCCUAACAAAGAAUGUAUGUAGGAACUGCAGAGGAACCUUCUGUAACAUCUGCUCAACAAAUGAACUGCCUCUUCCUUCAAGUAUCAAGCCUGAGAGAGUUUGCAAUCCCUGCCACGAGCAUCUGAUGAAACAAUAUUCCACCAGUCCAUCAUAAGAUGGAGGCUAAGAUCUGGACCAGAAUGUAUCCACCCACGUUAGAUGUCAGAAUCCCCUAGAGCAGACUUUAGAACCAACUUGAGUUGAUAGGAAUGCUUUAAAUAAACCAGGUCCAGGAAGAAAAGGCAGUGGUUAGCAGUGCUGGAAAUUUGCGUGUUUUCUCUAACGACUGUAUGAAUAAAAGUUACUCAUUUGAGCCUCUCUCUGCUAAAUCUAAACAACCUCACUUUGAAGCAUUGAUCUUAUAGCUUGUCUUUGGAAGGGCUAUUCAUUUUUAUGAAUAGUGAUAUUAAUACUGAGCUGCAUGUUAAAGGAGAGAGGGUCCUUAGUGAAGAAAAUAAAAAAGAAAAUGAUCAUCCCUUUAUUAUAUAUGGAGAUUCAAGAGGGAAAGAUCAUUGUUAACCGAAAUUGAAAUGAUGGAGGUUACAUGUUCUCUCAGGUGCUGCUAGACAUAAACAUUUAUUUCCUCUUUACCCCUACUACCUACCUCUUCUUUAAAAGAUCUCUACCAAACUGUGAACCCAAACUCAGGGAAAAGAAAUUAAAGAGUAAUAUAAAUUUUGAAUGUACUUAAAACAAUAUUAUAAUGUAUUCUAGUUUUAGGACCAGAAUUUUCUAGUUCUGGCCUACAUGUUUUAACUAUCAAAAUAAAGAGGAAGAAUGUUUGCCGUUUUUCCAUUUAGUGACUUCAAAAGUAAAUACCUGCCCUUUUCAGAAUCUGCUGCGCAACAAGCCAGCUCUUCCCCAGUCUCCCUCCUCUCUGGGUCAUGGAAAUUAUAAGGGGUUUUAAAGAUAGGGUUUGACUUUCGCAAACAGGAAGUACUAAAGCAAAGCCAUGUCAGGUGUAGAGUGAAGAAAUUUAAUUUGUCCAUGGCUGAGAAUAAUUAGCUGAGAAUAUUUGUUAAAUUCUUUUGUGAAUAAGGGAUUCCUUAUUCCAUGCCAAGAUUCAGAACUGGUAGACAGGUUUUUUGGAAAGUAUGAUACUCAAAACAGUUCUUAGCAACAAACCCUUUUGGGAAAAAAAAGAGAUGUGCAUUCAGCAGGGGAAGGCAGGAAAUGGUCUAUGCUCUUUGGAUUAUGUUGCAUAUACAUAGAUUGUUUGGUUCCAAUUAACCUAAGAAGAUAAGAUUCUGUUAACUGGUUUAGAGUUAUGGGGUGGAAACAUCCUGGAACUAUGAUAUUUGAUAAAUCUUGUUUCCUGAAAAGAGUGACAGCCCAGGAAAGUCUGACCUGUUACUUGGUGGAUAUAAUUUUUAAGAGUCCUAGGGAAAAAUAAAAUUAGUAAUUCCAA